AUGGGAGCGGUAACUCCCGAUGCUUUCGUCCGCGUCGCUAUAAAGCCACUGCCUGCGGGAGAAGGCGUCUCGUUCUCACCAGAGAUGGAGAAGGCAGACAAAUGUCACGUCGUGAUGUACCCGUCGCCGGGAAGAGCCCACCUCAAUUCCCUGGUGGAGCUCGCCCAGUUCCUCCUCCGCCACCACUCUUGCCUCUCCGUCACCGUCCUCAUCUCCUCCCCUCCCCACCUCCUCCCUGUCAUCACUCCUUACAUCUCCUCCGUCUCCUCUGCCAGCCCUUCCAUCGCCUUCCUCCACCUCCCUUCCGUCUCCCUCCCCCUCUCUCUCCACCGCCCCCACCGCCUUGUCGGAGAUGCUCUCCGCCUCAAGCCGUCGCAGAAGCCCAAAGCCCUCGUCAUCGACUUCUACUACAGCUCCGCUGCCGAGGUCACUGCCGCGCUUCACCUCCCCACGUACUAUUUCCACCCUGCCGGCACAAACCCUCUCGCCGCGUUUCUUUACCUCCCCACCCUACACAAGCUCACCACCACCAGCUUGAAAGACCUCGACGGCAACGUCGACAUCCCUGGCGUACCACCCAUUCCGGCGAAGCACAUGCCGUCGAGAAUGCUGGACCGGAGCAGCAGAAUCUACGGCCACUUCUUGGAAACGUCGACGCGGCUGGCAGAAUCCGCCGGGCUCAUAUGCAACACGUUCGAGGCGAUCGAGCCGAGGGCGGUCAAAGCGAUAUCCGAGGGACUGUGCGUGCCAGACGGCCGGACUCCGCCGGUGUACUGCAUCGGGCCGCUCGUGGUGGCCAACGAUCACAUCAGCAGGGGCGAUUGUCUCAGCUGGCUCGACUCGCAGCCCAGCCGGAGCGUCUUGUUUAUGAGCUUCGGGAGCAUGGGGGUGUUCUCGUCGAAGCAGCUGACUGAGAUCGCUCACGCUCUCGAGAGGAGUGGGGUCAGGUUCUUGUGGGUGGUCCGUUACCCACCACCAGAUGAUGAAAUCUGGCGCAACUUAGCUAUUAAAUCAGAAGAUGAUCCAGGCAUGGAUGCGAUCUUUCCGCCUGGGUUCACGGAGAGAACCAAGGAAAGAGGGCUAGUGCUGAAGUCGUGGGCCCCGCAGGUGGCCGUGCUGAACCACGACUCGGUGGGCGGGUUCGUGAGCCACUGCGGCUGGAACUCGGUGAUGGAGGCGUUGUGGGCCAGCGUGCCCGUGAUAGUCUGGCCGCUCUUCGCGGAGCAGAAGCUGAUCAGGGCGUACCUUGCCUGGGACCUGAAGCUGGUACUGUCAGUGGCCGAGUCGGAAGGAGGGUUCGUGACGAGGGACGAGUUCGCAGGGCGAGUCACCAAGUUGAUGUGCUCGGAGAAAGGCAGAGAAGUAAGGGAGCGGAUGGCGGAGAUGAGGAAUGCGGCGAGGGAGGCGUUGAGCGAGGGAGGGUCGUCGCGGGUGGCGAUGGCGAAGUUGGUGGACUCGUUCAAAAGCGGAAUGAUGCGAGAAGAAGAGUAAUAAUAUCAUUUUCUACCCACAUGGAAGAUCAAUGAAGGCAUCGUUUAUAUCCUUUGUUUAAAUAUCAUAUGGCCGAAGAGGGCGUAAUGAAUGGUGCAAGUGUUUCUGUGGUUUUGCUACCUUAAAAUAACGUAAACGACAACGCCAUAAUCUUCUGCAUA